AUGACUGCGAAACGACGAUUGAAACGAUAUAUACCAAAUCUUAGCGAACUUGAAUAUGAUUUACAAUGUGAAUGGGGUGCUGAAUGUCGCGUUCGAUUAAACGAUCUCAAGGAAUUCUAUAAGCAUUUAGAUGAACAUCUUUCGAACUAUAUCAAUCAAUAUCAAGCAGUACCACACUUAGCCUGUCAAUGGCGUAAUUGCGGUCAUGUCGAAGAAUUUGACAUCUCGUCCUUUAUUCGACACGUGAAAUUCCAUGGUUUUCAUACGAAAUUGAAAUAUUUGGGGAUGAAAACCUACGAACACAAUCAUCCAAAUAUUCCUCUAUGUCAAAAGUCGACAGAAAAUCGAAAUAUUAUUCCAGAUUUACCCGUUGAGUUUCGCUGUUCUUGGGGAGAUUGCCAAUACACCAACAGUCAUGCACAGCUUUUCUAUGAACAUGUUAAUCAACAUGCCGGUUCAGAUGUCUGUCGUUGGACAGGUUGCACACAUCGUCCUGAUAAAGCAUAUCGAAUUCGUGAGCAUAUACGACGGCAUACACAAGAGAAAACAAUCGCUUGUCCACAGUGUGGCUCCUUGUUUUCGUGUGGAGUCAAAUUUAUCGAGCAUUGUCAACUAUCCACCGAAGUCUCACCGAAAUUUCAAUGUGAAAAAUGUGCCCAACAGUUCCAGUCGAAAUCUCUCCUUCAAAAGCAUCUCAACAAACACACUACGAAACAUGCGUGUCCUUACUGCACACAAGUAUUUGCGACCCCAUCGGGAGUGAAGCGACAUAUUAUCUAUCGUCACACUGAUAUCAAAUAUUUUCAAUGUCCGGAUUGUUCACUCUCUUUUAAAUGUGCAAAUAGUCUUACUGUUCAUCGGCGUCGUUUGCAUUUACUUCCAUUGCUGGACAAACUCAACGACGUAGACAAUCGUGAAAAGGAACAGAUGAAAAGUUCUGAUGAUAAACAAGAACGGCAAUACAAGUAUGCUUGUCAUCUAUGUGAACGACGUUUUCCUCGAGGCAAAAAGCUGACAGCGCAUUUACUGAAAGCUCAUCAGCUCGGGAAAGCGAUGGGCUGUACCCGAUUGAGCUAUACUAUGCGGAAUGAUGGUUUCUUUCGCGUACAAAGCGAAUUGGUGUCAACGGCAAUAUCAACGGAGUUUUCUCGUCAGCAGCAGCAGCAACAACAACAACAAACGAGUUUACCAUCAACAUCACAGCAUCUUCCUCAAACAACGUGUGCAUCGUUUCUUAUCAAUCGUCUAUUGCAUGAUCGCGAAGAUGGAAAUCAACAAGCACCGUUUAGUCCUGAGUUCGAGCUGGAUAACUGGGACGAAGAUGAACCAGAAAACACUGAUCAAGACGACGAUGAUGAUGAGGAGGAGGAGGAGGAACAGGAGGACGACGACGAUGUCGAUGAGAAGGAUGACGACGACGUUGAUAAUGAUGAUGAUGAUGAUAUAACCGACUAUACUGAUUUGUGUUCAAGAGGAGCAAUACAAACGACAGAUAUCCUAUAG